CGAAUCGACAACGCAGGCUGAAACCGAAUCGACAACGCAGGCUGGAAAGGAAACGACCACAGAAGGUAAAAUGGAAACGAUAACACAAACUGAAAUGAUUACUCAAGCUCAAACUAAAACAACUGAGAAUUCAACAGGUGAUAUUAUGGAUAAAUCAACUGUGACUGUAACCGAAAGUAGACCUGAAACUAUGGAUGAAAACUCAACCAGUGCAGUAACCGAUAGUUCAACUGGUAUAAUAACAGAGAAUACAAAAGUUGCAGUAUUGGAAAACUCAAUAAGUAUUGCAACCAAAAGCUCAACAGGUAUAGUAAACGUGAGUUCUAUAAACACAGUAGCUGAAUAUUCAACAGGGUCUAUGGCUGAAAGUUCAAGGCCUGAAACGGAAGGUAUAACAGAAACAAUAACUGGACGUACAUCAGAGACAAUUAUUGGGAACUUAACCGAUAAUUUAGCAGGAACUGUAACAGAGUGGUCAACAAGAACUACAAAAGAAAGAACAACAAGCUCUGUAACACCAACUACAUCUAAGCCCAUAAGGACAGAAAAACCAUCCUCCAAUUCUGUAUUACCUACAAAAGCUGAAUCCGCAACAUCUACAGAAGUUACGUUAGCAAUAUCAGAAAGCUCCACAAAUGAAACAUUGAUUUCAAAAUUGAUUACUGAUGGCACACCAGAAACUUUAACAGAUAUGACCUCGGAAGAUAUAUCAUUAACAUCUACAGAAUCAAUAACUAAAGAAACAUCAGUAUCAACUACGGAAUCGAUUACUGAAGAAAUAUUAAUAUCAUCUACGGAACUGACCACUAAAGAAACAUUAGUAUCAUCCGCGGAACUGACCACUGAAGAAACAUUAAUAACAUCUACUCACAAUGAAUUUGAGACGUCAACAAAUACGAGACCCGGAGUAUCAACAAUAACUGAACCUAAAAAGACAACAGAAUUUGAACCCAGAACUUCAACAGGAACAGAACCCGAAGCCUUAACCGAGCAUUUAACCAAAAUAUCGACAGUGCAAAUUGAAACUAAACUGACAGCACAAACUGAAACAGAAAUGACAGAGCAAACUGAAACGGAAACUAGACCGCAGACUGAGAUGGAAACGACCGAGCAGACUGGGGCGGAAACGACAGCGCAGACUGAGGCGGAAACGACAGCGCAGACUGAGGCGGAAACGGCAGCGCAGACUGAG